AUGUAUGCGCAUAAAGAUUCAAGCGGAAGAGUAACAGACGAAUUUCUCAGCGGAGCAGAGAUAUUCAUGUACCAGGCCGGACAGACGCCUCUAACAAAGGAAACGGGUAAAAUGUUCUGUCCUUGUCGUAAAUGCAACAAUACGAAGUUUGCUGCUAGUGAUACCGUUUGGAAACAUAUAGUAAAUAGAGGAUUUACUCCACAUUACUAUAUUUGGUUUAACCACGGAGAAGGUGAUAGUAGGAAUGAAGCUAGUAGUAGUAAUCAGGUUGAAAAUGUUCGUAAUAGAGUUGAACCACAUUUGCCUUCUGAAAGUGUGAUUCAAGAAGAUCAUAUGGUAGAUCAUGAUAGAAUGCAUGAUAUGGUUACCGAUGCAUUUCGUGAAACCACAUCAGUAAUAGAGGAGGUCGAAAAUGUAGAGGGGCCUAACUUGGAUGCAAAAAGAUUUUAUGAAAUGCUAGCAGCAGCUAAUGAGCCAAUUUAUGAAGGUUGUAGAGAAGAGUAUUUGCCUGAAGAGAAUUUGUGUGCUGAAUCUUAUUAUGAGAUUCAGAAACUUGUUCAUAGUCUUGGUUUACCUUCGGAGAUGAUUGAUGUUUGUAUAGACAACUGUAUGAUAUACUGGGAAAAAGACGCAGAAUUGUUAGAGUGUAAAUUUUGCAAGAAGCCACGAUAUAAACCGCAAGGACGUGGACGGAAUAGGGUGCCGUACCAGCGGAUGUGGUACUUACCUAUUAAGGAUAGACUGAAAAGAUUAUAUCAAUCUGCGAAGACGGCAGCAUCGAUGAGAUGGCAUGCAGAACAUGAUCAGAAGGAAGGAGAGAUCAAUCAUCCCUCUGAUGCAAAAGCUUGGAAGCACUUGAAUUCAGUGUACCCUGAUUUUGCAAGCAACCCCCGCAACGUUUAUCUUGGACUCUGCACAGAUGGCUUUAGUCCAUUUGGAAUUGACUUUCCUGCAUAUGGGAUGUUGUCGGGUUGGACGACGCAUGGAAGACUAUCUUGUCCAUAUUGUAUGGGAAGCACAGACGCAUUUCAGUUGAAGAAUGGUAGGAAGACGUCUUGGUUUGAUUGCCAUCGAAGAUUUCUUCCCAUUAACCAUCCAUACCGAAGGAACAAGAAAUUGUUUCGGUCAAAAAGGGUUGUACGGGACACCGCUCCACCAUAUUUAUCUGGAGAGGAAAUCGAGAAGGAUAUUGAUUACUAUGGUGGAUGCAGCACAGUCAUCAAAGGCGGUAAUUGGCAUACUCCUGCAAAUAUGCCUGAUGGUUACGGGACUCAGCAUAAUUGGCACAAGAAGAGUAUAUUUUGGGAACUUCCAUAUUGGAAAGAUCUACUUCUGCGCCACAAUCUUGACGUGAUGCAUAUAGAGAAGAACUUCUUUGACAACAUCAUCAAUACAUUGUUGAAUGUCCCCGGCAAGACAAAAGAUAACAAGAACUCAAGGUUGGAUUUGCCUGCUUUAUGUUCUCGGAUUGAGCUGCAUAUUAGAAACGAUGGGAGAAUUCCAGUUCCCAUUUUCAGAUUGUCAGCAGAAGCAAAAGCAGCGUUGUUCAAGUGGGUGUCAUCAGAUGUGAAGUUUUCUGAUGGAUAUGUUUCAAAUCUAUCAAGAUGUGUUGAUCAUCAGGGACAGAAGUUUUCAGGGAUGAAGAGUCAUGACUGUCAUGUUUUUAUGCAACGACUUCUACCAUUUGCAUUUGCGGAGUUGCUUCCAAAAAAUGUUCACGAAGCACUUGCAGGCAUCGGAGCUUUUUUCAGAGAUCUCAGUGCACGCACCUUAACUGUAGAUGUCAUCAGACAACUUGAUGAGAAUAUUCGGAUCUUGAUGUGCAAUUUGGAGAAAAUUUUUCCUCCGUCCUUUUUUGACGUUAUGGAACAUCUGGUUAUCCAUCUUCCGUAUGAGGCACUACUUCGUGGACCUGUUCAUAAUGGAUGGAUGUAUCCUUACGAGCGAGCUAUGAAAUAUUUGAAAGGGAAAGCAAAAAAUCUGGCAAGGGUGGAAGGUUCAAUAGUUGCUGGGAGUUUGAAUGAGGAAACAUCUCACUUUACGUCCUACUACUUUGGGUCACAAGUCCGGACACGGAAAAGGACUACGAGCAGAUAUGAUGAUGGUGGUGUUAUACCGACAUAUUUUGGUGAAGAUGUUCCAGACAUUUUCUGUCAGAUUGGACGGCUAGGUGGAAAACUGAAAGAAGUUUGGUGGUCGAGUUCAGAAGACGCUCAUAGUGCCCACACAUAUAUACUCCUUAACUGCGAGGAGAUUGAGUUAUUUGAAAGCGAUUUUGUUGCCCAAGUCGAAGAGGCUAUACCAGGAGUAUCAAACAAUGAUCUCAACAAAAGGAAAGACCAACACUUUGUGAAAUGGUUAAAAACGCAGGUUCAGUAUGAUGAUCAAUUUUAUCCUCAGUGGUUUCACGAAUUGAUACAAGGUCCGGUCGGUAAGGUCACCACGGCACCAAUAUAUUUCACACGAGGAUACACUUUUCACACUUACGAAUAUGGAAGUCGGCGAGCAACAAUGAAUUAUGGAGUUUGUGUAAAAGGUGAAACAGAUUUCUAUGGAAUCAUACAAGAGAUCAUCGAAGUGGAGUUUCCCGGCGUAAUAAAGCUUAAAUGCGUUCUUUUCAAAUGUGACUGGUUUGACCCCACAGUCAACAGAGGUGUUCGGUAUAGCAAGUUUGGUGUUGUUGAUGUAAAUGCUACACGGAGGUACAACAAAUUUGAACCUUACAUAUUGGCUUCUCAAGCAGACCAAGUUUGUUUUGUUCCAUACCCGAGGAUCAGACAAUCUGGAAUAUCUUGGUUAGCCGCUAUGAAAGUUACACCUCGGGGCCGAGUAUUGAGUACUGAUGAACAACCGCCUUUACAAGAAGAUGCCGUGAAUGAAGUAGAAGUACCCGAACAAGCGGAAGAUGUUAUCUUACUCAUUGAUCCGCAUAACCCGGGAUAUGAAGAACUUCCAGAAGAUACAAUGGAUGAAGCCAACGAAGAUGAAUUUGAAGAAAAUGAUGAAGUGGAUGAUGUUUCUGAUGACGAGUGA